AUGGAUGAUCCCAAGCCAUCAUCAUCUAUGCUGCCGUCUAACAAUUUGCAUGUUGAUAAGAAGCAAAUAAAAUAUGCACUUGUCAAUUUCUUGAAAGACAAUGUCAGAAAAAUAGUGACAAUCAAUCUGAUAACUGUUGAGAAGAAUCAAAAAGCUUUUAAGCCAAAAAACUGCACAGAUUUUGAUCAGAAAGAUAAAUAUUAUGUGAAGUGGUAUUAUUAUGGCGAUAAAGGUGAUGCAUGCAGUAGGCCUGAUGAUGAAUGCGGCCAUCCACACGCCUUUUACUCCGCCUUCAUUAUGUAUUUGAAUGAAACUAGAGAAAGUAUUGAACAAGAAUUGGAAUUUGGUAAACGAAAGCAUAUUUCUAAUAAAAAAUACGCAACAACAACUGAUUCAGAUGAAAAUGAAAAUACUCAAAAAACAAAAAUUCAUGCAGCUAAAAUGAAAGAAGCUUUGAAGGAAAGAAAUCAAGUCAGAAUGAUACACAGGAAAAGUUGGCAAAGAGCAAAAGAAGAUAAACAGGAUAAUGAGCAAGUUUCAUUGUCCCCAGAAUCUUCUAAUAAUUCUGAUGCAUCUAAUCCAAGAACACCUGUAUCAAAUUCUUCAUCGUUGUUUAGAAGCCGCAAUUGCAGAUGCAAUUCAUUUCAUAGUCCAGAGAUAUCUCCAGCUUUAUCACCUGUGCAUGUGCAUUUGGAAGAUGAAAAUAUGAAUGAGACGACACAUAAUGCGAAUAACAGAAAUGAACAUGUGCUUGAGAGUUUAGAAAAUAGUAAUGUAAAUAAUGAGAUUAAUAAUGUAAAUAAUAGAAAUGAACAACAUGUCCAUGCAGAGAUCAGAAAUAGGAAUGCUCCAAAUAAUGAUACAAUGAUCGCAAAUGGAGAAAAUGAAAAUAACCAUGAUAGAAAUAGGAACAGAGUAGUAGGAGCAGUCAAUGAUAACGAUAAUAAUAAUGAAGUUGAAGUGAAUGGAGCAGAUGAAAAUGAACAGAAUGAUCCACAACGUUUGUACUCGAGGCCUAAUGAAUUUCUUUUAGAAUGCAAUUAAUUAUUAUGAGAAAGCCAGAGAACAAUUUUAUUUAUU